GAGGGAAGCAGCAGAGCACAACAACUUGAUGAAACUGGUUGUUGUACUGGUGCUACUGCCACUGAUAGUAGCGCUGAAUGUCACGAUUCCAAUCUAUUUCCCGUUACCAGCUCCUCUGCGCUUCUUGGCCCUGAGGACGAGCUCACUAUUGGAGAAGGACCUGAAGGACAACGAGACGAAGCUGAAGAUCAUUGUGCCCUCUUGCGCUGAAGACAUCCCCGAUGAUGGCUACUGGAUCAAGCUGGGGUACGCUGAGGUGCCCAGCUACUACGUGGACCCCUUUGGGAGGUCGAUCACGAUAUUCCAGACUGAUUCUCUCAUUGCUCAUAACACCAUGCCCGAGUUCAUAAGGAACAUCCUUGUUGAUGAGGUGUUCCAUCUGAACAGCUCAACAGGGGCAAUGGCUAUGAAUAAAGACCGGAAAAUGAGUGUGACGUGGAUCAUACUCAUGGACGCUGGAUACUGGGAUGUCGAGUUCGUAUCUGAGCUCAUGGCCCCUGUGUUGGAGUCUCUGAGCAGAGUGGUACAACUGGAUAUCAAGUUCGAAGUAAGAUAUACAGCUGAUGCCACGGAGGACCUGGGGGAGGAUCCAACUACGUACGUUGAUUGGAGCCAUGGCCAAAUUACACAAUUGAUAGUGCUGACUAGGGAAAUAUACUACCCUGAUGAGCUGGUGUUGCCGAGAUUGGGAUCCACACUGGUGUAUACUCUUGAAGAGCCUCUAGGAGAUCAGGAUAUGAUUCAAAUACUGGAGAAGGUCACAGGCCAGCUAUUCAGGGUAUUGGGAUCGCCGAUGGUUGGGCCUCAGAGCGUCCAUUAUAAGCUGGACAGAAUGGUUAUUGAUCAGUUUGGAAGACAAACGUACAAUUGA